AGCCCAGCCAGGCAUCAGAGCAUCUAUAAAAGCACAAAGGUCCAGGCCCCAGCAUCCUGCUUGGACGCCACCUGUCACUGCAUGAUGCUGGGAGGCCUGGGGAAGCUUGCUGCUGAGGGCCUGGCCCACCGCACGGAGAAGGCCACAGAGGAAGCUGUUCAUGUGGUGGAGGGAGUGGUGAAGGAGGUGGUGGAACAUGCCAAGGAGGCUGGAGAGAAAGCCAUUUCAGAAGCCUUGAAGAAGGUCCAAGAGACAGGGGACAAAGUGGUGAAGGAAGUCACCGAGACGGUGACCAACACAGUCACAAAUGCUGUCACCCAUGCAGCAGAAAGUCUGGGCAAACUGGGACAGUGAGCACGCCUUCUCUACUGGACUCUACCUGAAUCUCAAUAAAAACUGUGAAAUGUG